AUCCUUGCUCCCUUCUUCGCCCAAACAGAUCCUCUGGCCCCUCUGGGUGUGCGCAAGGGGCAAACUGAAGCCGGGAGUGUCUGUGAAAUUCUUUCCUUACUCCACACCUCACGGACAGCAAAGCUGUUUCCCUCCCCUCUGAGCUGCACGGAACAGCAGGGAAAGACGGGGGAAAGGGGAGGGAACCGAAGGCAAGGUUUGAAAAGCCGGCGGACUCUGCCACACUCAAGAUGGCGGCGCAGCCGUGGCGAGGUCCCUCAGAGGCGGUACCAGCGCAUGCGCAGCGCGGAGUCCCGGGCCGGGACACAAGAUGGCGGCAGCGGCACUGGGGAGGGCGAGGCGGAGGCGGCAAAACGGGCGGUCGAGCAGAACGUGUAGCCGCAUCCCCUCGAGUCCGCUCUGGGCAGCUGCUGAUUCAAGAAGUCCUCUGGGCCCCUGUCUGCUCCAGUGCUGACCAGCCCACUCACUUGUGCUGAGCCUUUCUGCAGGCUCCCCCUUGCCUCUGUUGGACCCUGAAAAGUGGGAGUCAGUCCGGCUGGAGAAGAAAACCCUCUCAUGCUAACCUUGCAGACCCCAGAGGGUGAGAGAAAGGGAGUCUUCAUUCAAUCUUAAAAUGUCCCUUGAGGGUGCUAAGAUGGCCAAUGAGAAUCAUGGCAGUCCCCGGGAGGAAGCAUCCUUGCUGAGUCACUCUCCAGGCACCUCCAAUCAGAGCCAGCCCUGUUCUCCAAAGCCCGUCCGCCUGGUACAGGACCUCCCAGAGGAGCUUGUGCACGCGGGCUGGGAGAAGUGCUGGAGCCGGAGGGAGAAUCGUCCCUACUACUUCAACCGAUUCACCAACCAGUCCCUGUGGGAGAUGCCUGUGUUGGGCCAGCACGAUGUGAUUUCGGACCCUUUGGGGUUGAACGCAACCCCACUGCCCCAAGACUCAAGCUUGGUGGAAACCCCCCCGGCUGAGAACAAGGCCAGAAAGAGGCAGCUCUCGGAAGAGCAGCCAAGCGGCAAUGGUGUGAAGAAGCCCAAGAUUGAAAUCCCUGUGACAUCCACAGGCCAGUCAGUGCCUAGUUCCCCCAGUAUCCCAGGAACACCAACCCUGAAGAUUUGGGGUGCAUCCCCUGAAGAUAAACAGCAAGCAGUUCUCCUCCGACCAACUGAGGUGUACUGGGACCUGGACAUCCAGACCAAUGCUGUCAUCAAGUACCGGGGCCCUUCGGAGGUACUGCCCCCUCAUCCAGAAGUGGAGCUGCUCCGUUCCCAGCUCAUCCUGAAGCUUCGACAGCACUACCGGGAGCUUUGCCAGCAGCGAGAAGGCAUUGAGCCUCCUCGGGAAUCCUUCAACCGCUGGAUGCUAGAGCGCAAGGUGGUGGACAAAGGGUCUGACCCCUUGUUGCCUAGCAACUGUGAACCAGUCGUGUCACCUUCCAUGUUUCGUGAAAUCAUGAAUGACAUUCCCAUCAGGUUAUCCCGAAUCAAGUUCCGGGAAGAAGCCAAGCGCCUGCUUUUUAAGUACGCAGAGGCUGCCAGACGGCUCAUCGAGUCCAGGAGUGCUUCCCCCGAUAGCAGGAAGGUGGUCAAGUGGAACGUGGAAGAUACCUUCAGCUGGCUCCGGAAGGACCACUCGGCCUCCAAGGAGGACUACAUGGACCGCCUGGAGCACCUGCGGAGGCAGUGUGGCCCUCAUGUCUCUGCUGCAGCCAAGGACUCUGUGGAAGGCAUCUGCAGUAAGAUCUACCACAUCUCCCUGGAGUAUGUCAAACGCAUCCGAGAGAAGCACCUGGCCAUCCUCAAGGAGAACAACAUUCCAGAGGAGGUGGAAGCCUCUGAGCUGGACCCCCGUCUGGUGUACUGCUACCCACUGCGGCUGGCUGUGCCUGCACCCCCCAUGCCCAACGUGGAGAUGCAUGUGGAGAAUAACAUGGUCUGCAUCCGGUACAAGGGAGAAAUGGUCAAGGUCAGCCGCAACUACUUCAGCAAGCUGUGGCUCCUUUAUCGAUACAGCUGCAUUGAUGACUCGAUCUUUGAGAGGUUCCUGCCCCGGGUCUGGUGCCUUCUCCGGCGGUACCAGAUGAUGUUUGGUGUGGGCCUCUAUGAGGGGACUGGCCUUCAGGGAUCGCUGCCUGUGCACGUCUUUGAGGCCCUCCAUCGACUCUUUGGCGUCAGCUUUGAGUGUUUCGCCUCACCUCUCAACUGCUACUUCCGCCAGUACUGUUCUGCCUUCCCUGACACAGAUGGCUACUUUGGCUCCCGCGGACCUUGCCUGGACUUUGCCCCACUGAGUGGUUCCUUUGAGGCCAACCCACCAUUCUGCGAGGAGCUCAUGGAUGCUAUGGUCUCUCACUUUGAGAAACUGCUGGAGAGCUCAUUGGAGCCCCUGUCCUUCAUUGUGUUCAUCCCUGAGUGGCGGGAACCCCCCACACCAGCGCUCACCCGCAUGGAGCAGAGCCGCUUCAAACGCCACCAGCUGGUCUUGCCCGCCUUUGAGCAUGAGUACCGCAGUGGCUCCCAGCAUGUCUGCAAGAAGGAGGAAAUGCACUACAAGGCCGUCCACAACACAGCCGUGCUCUUCCUACAGAAUGACCCUGGCUUUGCCAAAUGGGGGCCGACGCCUGAGCGGCUGCAAGAGUUAAACACCGCUUACCGGCAGUCAGGCCGCAGCCAUGGCUCCAGCUCUUCCUCAUCCUCCUCCUCAGAAGCCAAGGACCGGGACUCUAACCGAGAGCAGGGCCCUAGCCGAGAGCCUCACCCAACUUAACAUACCCUGCGGGGAGGAGGAGCCCCGGGGGUGCUGGUAUGGACUGCUGGGACUCGGGCUUCUGGAGGCUGAAUGAACUCCAGGACCCCUCCUGGGCUGGCAGCAGGACUUGGGCUGCCACUGACAUAGGAAUAUUACGGCCCUGCCGGGGCUCCCCCUCCCUGCCCCUUUUCCCACACCCAACCUUAGACUCACUCUAAGUCCUUUGUAAAUAGGCCCAAUGCCUUCCCAACCCCAUGCUGACCUUGUCGCCACCUUGUUUCAUUUGUAAAAGGAAAUACAUAAACCCCCUAAGAA